CUGGCCGGAAGUUGUUAAUUUGUUCAUCGUACCUUAAUUAAUCAUUACCACUUGAGAACAGACGUCACAAAAUAACAUGCAUUUCCACUAUUUCUCGGAGCAGCGAGGCCAAGAAUUGGUUCCGGUCCGAGUCCGAGCACAUCACACCAAGUCGGUCCGAGGUGAAACAACAAAUCAUCAUUGUGCAGCAUAGUAAGACACAACUUUAUGGAUAUGUGAGCCUGCUGUUCUAGUCUCUUGCUCUCAGAAAUCUCAAUAUGUGGCCUCUCAAAGUUAAGACUGUGUACGAGCGCCUUCACGGAAGCGAGGUUUCAUCAGCCUCAAACUCGUUCACUGAUGGUGAUGUUGAGAAACUGGACGGGCCUCUUCCGUCUAAUCCUCACCCUCGCAGCAAGUUCCAAUACUUUUACGACGCUCUUCGCACAUCAAUCCGUUUAUUUUGCCUCUGGAUAGUUCUAGUGACCGCAUGGAGAACCACCUUUCACUCUACUCCUCGUGCUAUCAGAUACGAGAAACAAACGCUGGAGUGCGGAAACACCACAGAAGAAGCGGCAGCGCGCGGCUGUGCCUUUGACUUGCUAUCACACAACUGGGUAGCAAAGCAAUGCAUGGAUUCUCUAACAGAAUCGGAGUAUCGCGAAUACGUCAGCAGCCCUGAUCGCAAAAUGGGACCCUAUCCCUACUUUCUCGACCCGGACGGAAAGAAUCGCGUCAUUGGCGAACGCGCCUUUGCACUUCUUGCCAACGGCCCAACUCUCGCUGACCAGCACGUCUAUACUACUCGAGAAGAACACCUAGCACAUUGCAAAUAUCUUCUUCGGCGUACUCAUCGAGCUGCCGAGGGUAAAGUGCAGCUCAAUGACGAGAAUAAGCAGUUUUGGCAUGCAGCACACUGCUUGGAAGAGCUGAGCAAUCCAAAUAAAAAGCCAAUGGACGAGUUGAAUGAGGGAUUCUAUGUAGGAUUUGCACCUUGUACCAUUGACGUACCAGUAUAAGAAGAUUGGCCCCGAUCCAGCUUCGAGGGGGAGUAGAGGCUGGUAGAUGAGGUAGCAAAUAUUUUCGUUGACAAGAGAGAAUUCAUCAAGUUCAUUUCUGAUCGAUAUAACACCAUUCUUCAUUCUGCUACUAAUGAUUGUCGUGAUUAUCUUUUGCCAACUGGUGUACAAUUCUCAU